CCGCAUUCGGCGCCCUCGACCUCCCGCGCCCGCCGAAAGCGUCGCAGACGUGAGCCCAUAGCCAGAGAACGAGCACACGACACCAGACGCAGGUUGACACGCUUCCCUGCGCAGGCGCAUGAGCGCACGGCACCGAGAGGAACGCAUCGCCGUCGCCUGAGUCUUUGGAGCAGCAUUCUCGAGUGCACAGCACACGCAUACCGCACUCCUCCAAACCAUGAUGGGCCACCCGAUCCCACGCCCUGCGUGGACGCAACUACCCGAGUCGGCUGCACAGGAAGCGUCCUCGGCCAUACAAGAAUCCACAGAAACGCUACGAGGGUCACCACCAACGCUGCAUGAACCCAUCCCAGCCGUCUCUACGAUUCUCCGCGCGCCCCCAGCGCCGAGCAUGAUACCUACUGGGCGAGCUGUGCCUCUCGCGCCUGUACUGGACUUUGACGACAUGGCGGAUAACAGGUCUAGCAGCUUGAGCGAGCUAGGAGACGCGUCUGACGAUGAAUCUGAGCCAACGCCGCGCCUGAGAAUAGCAGAAGACUUGAAUGACGACGACGAUUCAGAGGCAGAGACAGAACGACUAGAAGAUACACCCCGAAAACCGAAGCGCACGGCUACGGAUACGUCAUUGGUCUCGGAGCUGAUGUAUGCGAGGACGCCGAGCCAGUUGAUGCACUCAAAGUUGGCGAACCAUGAAGAAUCUGCCCCACCUACGCCCUCUGACAUUACAGACAACGCGACGGUAGGCGAAGCAGUCGACGUCGACAACCCUCUCCACUCGCUGUCCCUUGUCGCAGCCUCGGAAGCCGCGAGCCUCGAGUAUGCGGGCAAGAAACGGAAGAGAACGAGCAUAGAGGGGAGUCCUGUCGAGGAGCAGGAAGACGAGCCUGCACGAAAACGGAGUGGAGGUUCUAAAAGCCUCACACUCAAUGGCAGGCCCGAAGACGCAAUUGACAGUCCUGAACCAAUAGACGUCGAGGAAGAACUAGAUAUGGCCGAAGAGCGCCUCUCGCAGCUCGCACACGAGGAAGUUGAGCUCGAAGAAAGACAAGCCAACAUUGCAGCAGAAACCAUAACCGGUUUGGCUGCCGUCGCGAAACACACGAAGCCGCGAAAGGGCGGUCGAAGAGGGAAGCGGAAAACGGAAGACGCAAACUACGCCUACAACACGGCUGUGUUGGACGCUGAGGCCCAUGAAGGCGAGGGCGAGGGCGAGCACGACGAAGAGGACAGUGCAACCCUCGACGAAGAAGUCUCCAAGAAGAAAAACGCCAUCGACGAGCUUGCGAAGAUCGAGAAGAAGUUCAAGAUCUUCCGAGAGAAAUUAUGCGACGAGCAAAUAGCACAGUACGAACGAGAACUCGAGAUGCUCAAGCUGCCGCACUGCGCGCAUCCAGAGUAUCUUGGUAUGAUUAAAUGCAUAGACGAUCGACGUGCCGAGAAGAUUACAUACGAGACGACGCUGCUAGAGUACAAGCAGAAAAAUCUAGAGGUCAUAACAACAGCACAGCGACAUCAGAUGCACAGCCAAUACUUUCAGACAGUGCGGCAUAUAAGAGAAGACAUUCUCGAAGAAUGCAACCGACGAGUGUGCGAGUUGCAGAGAGGAAGAAGAACGCUCAGCUGCGACGAGACAGACUACAUGAUCAAACUCCCCGAGAAACGGUCUGAGCAGAUCCGACACCAAACAGCGUACAAUCUCGAAGUUUCCGUUCUGUCUGGAGUCGCCAAGUAUGUUGGAUUCCCAGCGGCGCCCGACAUCAGCGCUGCACGGCCUUCAGACAUCGAUGACGAUCUACGGGCAAUGAAGAUCGCGACACGUCCUGCUGCGCCUGCACCACCACCCUCCUUCCGUACCUAUAAUCGGACAACCACAGCAGACGAGGCAGCAGCAGAGGAACAGUUUCUCGAGAGCACCCCGUGGGCGAAUCCACGGCAUCCAUCUCAUCAAGAGUCUCGUUACGCCCCCGGUCCAUCUCGCUUGCCAAAUUACCAGACUCCCGCUGGCCAGCGCAGAAUCGUCGACUUGAAUGCAACAAACGGCUCUGCCUCGACCAUCGAGGCCAACUCGAACCCUCACUCGUCUACAGUACACAACAUAAACGGCCGCCUAGCUGAGUCAGAGUCACCAGUACUGCAGAGAAAAUACCCGAACGAUCUUCCCGCAUACGAGCCGUCCACGUCUCUUCCCCGACAUGUUGGCGUGCUAGGCAGAGAAGCAUACGGGAUGAUGUCGAGCCACACGCCACAACAUCUCGAGGCACAUACCGACGAGCAGCGAUGGGGCGGCGUGCGUCCCUUGAACACCCCAGAUGUGCCACCAGGGCCGGGCCGGGCACCGAUGCCGCAGCGCAACGGCCUGGGAAUUGGCAGCGGGCUGUUUGGGCGCUGAUUCGCAGUGCGAACACUCGGGCUUCGCACAUUACAUGAAGGAGGGCCUUUGAUGCAUCACUGUUCGGCGUCGGCUUGGGUUUCUUCUCGCACUUGCAUAUCGGGUCGGCGUAGCAUGGGAUGGGAAACAUGUCACCCCUUCAUCUUUUUUCGGCGUUGUUGUUUUCAUCCGGGUAUCUCCCCUUUCGUAGCCCUUUCUUAUUAAGGAGGGGCGUCUUCUC